AUGAUCCAAUAAGUUUUAAGGUGCUUACAGAUCAUACAAAGUUGGUAAGAAUAAAGGGAAGUGGAAAUGUAUACAUCUGACACAAUAAAAGAAUUAAAUCGUAACCCUAAAUUUUGGAAGGAUAUAAUAAAUGGUGAAGCUUUUACCUAUAAAGAUAUAAUCGUAUUGCAAGAUCCAAAAAAUAUAGAAUCAAGAACAAUAAAAAAUUUUGAUAUUUUGAAAAACAACCAUAAAUUGGAUUAAUAAACAGAAGAUGAUGUAUAUAAGUUUAAAUUAUAGUGGAAAAAGAAUAAUGGAAUUGGCAUAAGAAUAAAAUAUACACAGACAAAAAGAGGAAAAGAAAGAGAAAAAUAAUCAUUUGAGAAAUUGAGUAAUUAAAAAAAAGGUAAAAGAAUAAAACUAAUUAAGUGUAAAAGAAUUUUUAGAAUUAUCUUCAGGUGAUUUUUUAUCUGAAAAAUAUGCAACUGAACAUCAUUAUGUUAGUUUCACAAGUACUUAGAUGACAUUAAAAACUAAACCAUUAGGAUAAAUUUAAUAUAGAAAUAUGAAUGAAGAUGAAAUCAGAAAACUAUUAUAUGAUAGAAUACGUAAAUCAGGAUAAAAAGUUUAUGUACAAUUAAUUAACAAUUAUGGUAACAUUAUUUUCGAAUUACAUUGUGAUCUGGUGCUAAUGACAGGUGAAAAUUUCUAGAAUUAUGCGAAAAAGGUUAUUAUAAUUAAACAAAAUUUAAUAAUUUGAUUGAAAAUGAAUUAUUAGAAGGUGGUGAUCCAAAUGCAACAGGUUAUGGUGGGGAAUCAAUAUAUGGAAAACCAUUUAGAAUUGAAAUAAAUAAUAUAUUAUCUCAUAGCAAAACUGGAAUUGUUUCUAUGGGUAAUCUUGGAGCGAAUCACUAAACAUCACAUUUGUAAAUAAUAUUUUUAAUUUUAUCUAGUUUUAUCACUUUGGCUGAAUGUAAAAAAUAUGAUGGUAAAUAUGCAGUUUUUGGAGAGGUGGUUGGAGGAUAUUAAAUAUUAUAUUAAAUUAAUAAAUUACCUACUAAUAUGUGGUAAAGAUCAGAAGUCAUAAUAAAAUUAUAAUGA